GAAAGAGAGCGAGCACUCUGAAUUGUGAGUGGCUUACGACACUCAGUGAACAGAAGGUGCUUCUGCAUGCGCUGUCAGUAUACUGCUCUGCUGCAAGGGAUUGCGCGCUCGUUUGCUUCCCACAUUUACCGCCCCUGCCUGCCUACCAGCACCAGCCUUCAGCAGCCUCUUCCAGCUGGCUGAGAAAACACCCGGAGAGCAAGGGAGUGGACGAAAACUACAAGCCACAGGAGAUGCAAGCGGCUUCUUAACCGAGAUGAGCCACUGAGAUGACACGGAAUACUGUUAUACAAGAAAACAGUGAACAGGGCUCACCUCUUUGAAUCCUUUUUUCUCUCUCUCUCUCUCUCUCUCUCGCAUCCGUCACUGAAUGCAUGAUUACCCGCUUGAAUGGAUUUAAGCCUUACAAGUCAGUGAUUGCUUACAGAGAUGGACGAUAAUGUGUGUUGACAGAUCUGAUGAAACUUAUGCAGGAAGGGGAGGAGAAAAGAGCAAGACAGAUAUUUAAAAAGAUUUUCUUUCUUGGUCCUUUUUUCUUUCUUGUUUGUCUCUUCUCCCCUAUGAUCAUUGCAGCAGAGGACUGCGGAGGAGCAAAAGAGACAGAGCUCAUGCAUGCAGACAGGGGAACUUGCACUUCCUACCAUCUCGCUGAAAGCUACUUGGAUUCCUUCUCUUUCUGGCUCUUUCACUUGAGGAGAACUAAGACAUUGUAAGCCUGCCAAGGAUCUGGUGCCCACUGAAAAGAGAGAAGGGAGGGAGGGGGGAAUUUGUACCACAGUGGGGUCUUUUUUAGAUUCGCACAUAAUUAGUGUUGGGGCACAAAUCAGGACGCUGAAUGGAGAUUGUCAGCUUUUGGAUAGGGGUGAGUAGGAAUCUUUUCAAAUAAUAUCGAUCAGUGAGGACAAUUAUAUUUUAUUUUUUUGCCAUCCCUUCUACUCUCCACCCACUGCUUGAUAUCUAACAUAAGCAAAGAGACUUGCCCUUUAUCUUUUGCAUUUUUGUCAAGGACUCCUUUGGCUGACAAAGUAAUACCACUAUAAUCGCUGUCUACAGAUAAAAUACCAAAACGGGAAGAAACACAUUCAAUUAAAUAUGAUGCGAUAAAUAUGAUGUGAUAAAUGCAAAAAUAAUAUCCAGAGUGGUUCAAUGGACAUUUUCUCAGUGGCAUCCCUGGAUAUUUAUGCUAAUGGAUUUCCUUCUAAUUGGACUGUACUUAAAGUGGCCACAGAAGAAGCCCCCUGGGUUGAUACUGUGUUUGUUGGGUAUUUUUCUAAGAACGGUUCCCUUGGUAGAGGGGGUUUGUCCAAGGCUGUGCCGCUGCGACAGCAAGCUGCUGUACUGCGAGGGGCUCAACCUCACAGACAUUCCCCGCAAUCUGAGCAGCGCCAUGGGCCUGUCCAUGAGAGAAAACAACUUGACCGAGCUGCGUGAAGGCCAACUGGCUGGUCUGUCACAGCUCACCUGGCUCUACCUAGACCACAACAACAUUGACAUUGUAGAGGAGGGUGCAUUUGACAGGCUAAGACGGGUCAAGGAGUUGGACCUCAGCAGCAACCGGAUUGAGAGUCUGCCAAAUGGUACCUUUAGGCCCCUCCCAAACCUGCGUAUCCUGGACCUCUCAUACAACAGACUGCAAGCCCUAGAGCCUGACCUCUUUCAUGGCCUUAGAAAGCUCACCAAUUUGCAUUUGCGCUACAAUGCUCUCAAAUUUGUGCCAGUGCGGAUUUUUCAAGACUGCCGGAGCAUGCAGUUUCUGGACUUGGGAUACAACCAACUGCAGAGCCUGGCACGAAACUCCUUUGCUGGCCUCUUCAAGUUGACUGAGUUGCAUCUUGAGCACAAUGAGUUAGUUAAAGUCAACCUAGCCCACUUCCCUCGCCUCAUCUCUUUACGUACUCUGUACAUGCACAACAAUCGUGCCACGAUUGUUGUCAAUACUCUGGACUGGACAUGGCAUUUUUUAGAGAAGAUUGACCUUUCAGCCAAUGAAAUUGAGUACAUUGAACCACAUGUUUUUGAGAGCGCACCCAACCUUAAGGUGCUGAUGUUAGACUCCAAUCGGUUGGCCUCUGUGGACCAGCGUAUCCUGGAUUCGUGGUCAUCUCUGGAAAGCAUUACCCUGGCAGGGAAUGACUGGGAGUGCAGUCGCAAUGUGUGUGCCUUGGCCUCUUGGCUGAGUGCCUUCCGAGGCCAGCGUGACAAUUCCCUGCUGUGUUCAAGCCCUGACACCGCACAGGGUGAGGAUGUGUUGGAUGCUGUUUACGCUUUUCAGCUUUGUGAGGAUCCCCCAAUGGAGGUAACUACAGCAGGCCUGUACGCCUCUACAAGGGAUCUGGCCCAGGGUGGCUCUGUUUUCCUGGGCCCAUUUACUCCCAACCCUUAUGAGGGUGAGGGUAGUGAAGUGGUAACCAGUUCUUUCACUGUCACAGUGGGCCAUGAUGACACUGAGAGCACCAUGCAGAUCCACAAGGUGGUGACUGGAACCAUGGCACUCAUCUUUUCCUUUCUCAUCAUAGUGCUCAUGCUGUAUGUGGCAUGGAAGUGCUUUCCAGCUGGAAUAAGACAACUGAGGCAGUGCUUUAGCAGUCAGCGCCGUAAGCAGAAGCAAAAGCAAAGCAUGCAGCAGAUGGCUGCAAUUUCUACACCAGAGUACUAUGUUGACUAUAAACCUAACCACAUUGAAGGAGCUCUGGUAAUCAUCAAUGAAUAUGGCUCCUGCACAUGCCAACAGCAACCUUCUCGGGAAUGUGAGGUGUGACCCUGCUUUGUGAGUACGUCUUUACCUGUGAUUAUCUGGAUAUACAGUAAAUCCCUUUUUUGGAUACACUGGGGAGGGGAAACAUUGCGGGACAGAAGGAAUAAAGGGAUCUUUUGGACACUUUACACAGCUUCUCACUGUGAUGUAAUAGGAAUGUCCCUAAUGCGGCUGACUAUUUCGUGGUGGAUUUACUGCUACUGCUAUCUUCUGCUGAUUUGAGGCCCCUGACUCUUGGACCUGUUGAUACUCUACAGAAACACGGAAAGGAAUACAUUAUGGGCACUGAGGCUUUUCUCUCAUGGGUGGAUAUUUGAGCUUUAAUGUGUCUUUCUACUUGAGGACAUUUAAUUAUUGUUUAAAAACAAACUGGGGACACAGAAAAGAAGAAAAAAAGAAAAAAAAAUGAAAACCAUUUGUAUUAUGGUAAACACAAUAUUUGACAAGCAUUUAAAAUAUUAAAAAAAAAAUACAUGUUUAAGUUCGUUAAAAAUGUAAAAAUGUUAAAAGAAGUCUGUGUAAAAUAUGUUAAAAGAAGAAGUGCAAGUGUGGACAAAAUGAUACAAGAUAAUCUAUUUCUUUUGUAAACUAAAAAAAUGUUUAAAUAAAUGAAUUGCUAUACGGUAAACUCAUUUGUAUGUGAGAAGCUGUCAGAAAGGAUGAAUGAUAAUAGACACACUCUGUGCUCGUGGACUGGAGAGCUACAUCUCUGCAGUGUAUCGAACCAAAAAAAAAGAAAUAAAGAAAUAAAAUGAAAUACAAAAAAUAAAAUAAAUAAAUACAUAAAUAAAAGGGGCAGGGGGAUAUUGGCAUCUCAUCUCUAAUGUUAAAUCCAUGGUCUGAAUUUUAGAUCUCUGUUUGAACUUUCAUAUUUGUUGUUCUAUCAUUCACUGUACUGGCUCGCUGUGUAGUUUCUUUCCUCCUUCCCAUUGCCUAUCUGCGAAUAGUUUCAAAUGAUCUAUUGCAUUUUAAUCAAUCAUCGUAUUUUCACAUUAUUAUAUCACUAUUUGUGUACCAUCCAAGUAAAGAAAGCAGAGUGUCGAAGAUCUAAAGCUAUGCCUCUCAUUGCCUCUCACUCUUUGGCUCUCACAGAGGAGCGAUGCCUCCUUUCACUGAAUCAAGCACACUAAAGACAACAAUCAUUGAAUCCAUGCAUACUUAACUGAAAAUACAAUGUCACAUUGUAUCAGAAUCAUUGAAAUUAUCCAGCAGCUUAAAGGAAGAUUUGCACAUACAAUAUUCUUCACUGUGUUUUCAUGUGAUGUACAAUGUUUGUUGAAUACAAGGCCAUUUUGAGGUGUGUGUAUAUAUCUUUCUUCCUCUGGUGUUCAUUGUGUAAAUUAGUGCACUGACAGAUGUUAUGUGUCCUGGGUCCUGUGACAUGAACAGUGCUGUGUGAGGGCGGGUGCCGGGGCAGUGACAGGGAGAUGGAGCAUCACAACGACUACAGAAAGAGGGAACAGACUGCUCUCUAGUGUGCAUAUUCUCAUACUGUGGCUGCAUUUUACCUAUUGUGCACCAUACUCUGCAAAGCCCCACAGCAGAGGCAACAUCAGUAUGGCAAAUUUGCAGCAGCUUUUCUGAAAAAAAAAAAAAACUGCAUCAAUCAAUUUGCAUCAUUUUUGUGUUAUUUUGCGAUAAAUUAAGAUAAUGUUUACAACUUGUAAGUCAGCAGGAAUAAAAAUGUUUUAAGAAA